AUGAAACUCACUGCUCUCGCUUCUGCCAUUCUGGCCCUUGUCCAUGGCGCUCUGGCUCUUCCUGCCAAAGCCCCAGCUCUUGAUAUCACCCUGAGCCAGGUCAACAACACCCGGAUCAAGGCUGUCGUCAGGAACACCGGCAGUGAGAAAAUCACCUUUGUACACCUCAACUUCUUCAAUGAUUCUAGCCCUGUUAAGAAGGUUUCCCUUUACCGGAAUGCCACCGAGGUUGAGUUCACCGGGAUCAAGCAGCGGCUCCGCAGCGAUGGCAUCUCCAAUGAGGCCCUGACCACCCUCGCACCCGGCGCCACCUAUGAGGACGAGUUUGACAUCGCCAGCACCGCCAAUCUCACCCAAGGUGGCCCCAUCACCGUCCGCACCCAGGGCUUCGUCCCCAUGACCAUGAACAACAAGAUCACCGGCUACAUCCCUUAUUCCUCGAACGAGCUCGAACUCGAGGUCGACGCUUUAAAGGCUGCCGCUGUGCACGCGAGAAUCAAGCCCCUCGAUCGCCGCACAAAGAUCACCUCAUCCUGCACUGGCAACCGCGCUGCAGUCCUUAACACAGCCCUUCGUAACGCCGCCUCAAUCGCCAGCAAAGCCGCCAAUGCCGCCUCCUCGGGCUCCUCUGCGCUCUUCGCUGAGUACUUUAAGUCAACCUCCGGCGACAUCCGCAGCACCGUCGCCGCGCGCCUCAAAGCCGUCGCCAGCGAGGCCUCGUCGAACGGAGGUGGCUCAACCACCUACUACUGCUCCGACCCCUACGGCUACUGCGACUCUAACGUCCUCGCCUACACCCUCCCCUCCACCAAUGAGGUCAUUAACUGCGAGCUCUUCUACACGCUCCAAGAAGUGACGAAUGACUGCCACGGCCAGGACCAGGCCACCACCAUCAUCCAUGAGUUCACCCAUGCCCCUGGUGUGUACCCGCCUGGCACGGAGGAUCUGGGCUAUGGAUACAGCGCUGCUACGGCGUUGAGUACUAAUAAUGCGCUGAACAAUGCGGAUUCGUAUGCACUGUUUGCUAACGCCGUAUACCUCAACUGCCAGGGGCAGACAGGGGGACAGACAAUGUGGGGUGGCAAUUCUGAGCCAGGACAGACCGAGCCAGGUACGCAGACAAUGUGGGACGGCAAUUCUCAGUCAGGACAGACCGAGCCAGGUACGCAGACAAUGUGGGACGGCAGCUCUGAGCCAGGACAGACCGAGCCAGGUACGCAGACAAUGUGGGACGGCAGCUGUGAGCCAGGACAGACCGAGCCAGGUACGCAGACAAUGUGGGAUGGCUUUUAUCAAGAAUAA